CAGAGAGAUCUCAAAGUAAGUCUGAUCCUUAACAAUGGCGUCUCUAAAAGUCCCAAGCAAUGUUCCUCUUCCCGAAGAAGACGCUGAACAACUCCACAAGGCUUUCUCAGGAUGGGGAACAAACGAGAAGCUGAUCAUAUCAAUUCUAGCUCACAGAAACUCAGCACAACGCAGCAUGAUCCGCAGCGUUUACGCCGCUACUUACAAUGAGGAUCUUCUCAAGGCUUUAGACAAAGAGCUCUCUAGUGACUUUGAGAGAGCUGUGAUGUUGUGGACGCUAGAUCCAGCAGAGAGAGAUGCUUACUUGGCUAAAGAAUCCACCAAAAUGUUCACCAAGAACAAUUGGGUUCUUGUCGAAAUCGCUUGCACAAGAUCUGCUGUUGAGCUUUUUAAGGUCAAGCAAGCUUACCAAGCUCGUUACAAGAAAUCACUUGAGGAAGAUGUUGCUCAACACACUUCUGGUGACCUCCGCAAGCUCUUGCUUCCUCUUGUUAGCACUUUCAGGUACGAAGGGGACGAUGUGAACAUGAUGCUUGCAAGAUCUGAAGCUAAGAUUCUUCACGAGAAGGUCUCAGAGAAAGCUUUCAACGAUGAUGACUUCAUCAGAAUCUUGACUACAAGAAGCAAAGCACAGCUCAGUGCUACUCUCAACCACUACAACAAUGAACAUGGAAACUCCAUCAACAAGAAUCUGAAGGAAGGUUCAGAUGACGAUUACAUGAAACUACUAAGAGCUUCAAUCACGUGUUUGACAUACCCUGAGAAGCAUUUCGAGAAGGUUCUGCGUCUAGCAAUCAACAAAAUGGGAACAGACGAGUGGGGACUAACCAGAGUGGUGACCACAAGAACUGAAGUUGACAUGGAACGCAUCAAAGAGGAGUAUCAGCGUAGGAACAGCAUUCCUUUGGACCGUGCUGUCGCCAAAGACACUUCUGGUGAUUAUGAGGACAUGCUUGUUGCUCUUCUCGGACAUGGAGAUAUCUGAAAAUGAUUUCAUUUCCCCUUUUAUUUCUCCUGGUUUGUUUUUGAAUAAAAGAGUUGUGAAACUGGUUGUGCAAACUAUUUAUGUUAUGUUGAGUUUGUUAAUUUAAAUCAAAAUUUGUUUCUUUAAAUACAAUCUAGAGCACAAGCUAAAGCAAAAGCGCCGUAAUCCAAGCAGCUGCAGCUUCCACAAUCUCUACUAUUAUAACAUGCACAAAGCUUCUCUUUCUUGUUGAUCAACAUCUUCUUUAUCUCUAGGGCUUGGACUUUUAAACCUAUCUUUAACAAGACAGGGCUCUCAUCUCCAAACACCGGUGUUUUCGAUUCACUCAUCACUACAAAUCUCUCCAUCUCCAUGCCCUUUGACUCAAAAACCGAUUCCCAUGACACCUCUCCACUCCCUACAACCUCUGAUCUCGAUGACUUCCUCAAGAAAGAUGAUGUUUUCCUCCUCCUUAACUCGAAAACGACUCUUUGUUGCUUCAGUUCCUC